CCACUUUCGCACCGCGAGGAAAGUCCAGAAAAGCGACCCAGCCCUGAUCAGAUCUCAAAACCUGAUUUUCGAGAACUUUUCACAUCGCGAUGGAAGUCCCCACCGUAAUUGGCCUCGGCCUCGGCUUCGACGGCACAUCAAACUGGAUCAACAAGUACCUAGUUGACAGAUAUCUAUUUGGGUUGGACGAAUUCAGGCCUGAAGCUUAUGGUAUCAUGCGCAAGUUUUUGGUUUUGUGGACAUUCUUGACGAUCUUUACGUUCCUCCUAUAUUUCUCGCUCUGUCCGCUCGUCUACUAUUUGUUGUACACGAGGCGCGACGCGCAUGGGAAAAAUUUUGCCUCCUGGGACCGAAAGGAAGGAAAAGAUCAAGUCAUAAACGAAAUUAAGCUCAGCGUUUUCUCAAUAAUCGUAAUGGCGGGCAUGACGGCACCUUUCGAGCUCCUCGUCGAGGCCGGAUUAACCAAAAUUUAUUGGGAUCUGCCAACUACAGCGUUAGGCUGGUUUUAUCUGACUGUCGGUUCCCCGCUAAUGUUCUUACUUUUUUCCGACACCUGUGUUUACUGGAUUCACCGGGCUUUGCACCAUCGUUUGCUGUAUGCACCCAUCCACAAACUUCAUCAUAAAUACAAAGAAACAACCCCUUUUUCCUCAUACGCAUUUCAUCCUCUGGAUGGUUGGCUGCAAGGGUGCCCGUAUCACAUCUUCGUUUUCAUUUUCCCGAUGCACCACAUUAGUUACUUUUGUGCACUUGCUAUCGUGGGACUGUGGACCAUCAACAUUCAUGACCGAACUACAUACAGGAUUCCAUUUAUCAAUGGUGCUGCACACCACACCAUCCACCACACUGGAUUUACUUACAAUUAUGGGCAGUAUUUCGUUUUCUGGGAUAUAUUCGGGGCCACCUUCAAAGAUCCAUAUAGUUGCGCGCCAUACAGUCAGGAAUCGCGCGCCGGCAAGAACGGGUCGAGAGAGACCAAGAGUUGUUGAUGGUCGCAGAAAUAUUUUCGAACACGAAAGGCAUAGGGGUGAGAGUGGAGGAUUUGUCACGACACAACUCUCCUUACUAAGAAAUCCUUCAGGCAAUUAUUUUGUGCACAGGAAUGUGUUCUUGUUACUUGUACAAAAAAUAUAUCAGCU